AUGCCAAGAAGAAAAACAUCCGAGGACAUCGACGCAUCGUUCGACCUUCAACCGUCAACGUCGACGAUCAAAAAAUUGAAACCCGACAAUGAACGAUACAUGCUAUUAGACGAGACGAUCGUGAACGUCCUAUUGGACACCGAGAGCGACAAUUCGGACUUCGAUUUUGAUAUUUCCUCAACUGACAUGUCUGAGGAGAGCGAAGAAAGCGAUCAGGAGUCGGUGCUCUCCCGCUCUGCUUCGUCUACGCCUGAACCGGGAACCUCGGUCACAUGGAACACAACACGGCCCAUAACUUCUAAUGUCCCGUUCACGGGGAACCCCGGUCUAAUAACAUCCACAUCUUCCGACGAACCCAUCGAUUAUUUCUUCCUGCUCGCCAACGACAAGUUCUUCGAUUUAGUAUUACGCGAAACGAAUAUUCAGGGCCACAAACUGCGGUCCGGAAGUCCGUCCAAAUCACGGAUGAAGAACUUCAGGGACAUAACGAGAGAGGAUCUGGAAGUCUUUCUGGGGCUAAUAUUUCUAGCAGCGAACGUACAGGCACCCUCCUUCGCACAUUACUGGACCAAGAAUGACUUGUACGUUUUUCCGCCAUUUUCGAACGCGAUGCCACGCGACAAGUUUCAAAGUAUUUUAUGUUCCCUGCAUUUUUGCACGAGCGCGGAAACGGGAGCUUCGGAUCCUUUGAACAAGGUCCAACCGCUUCUCAAUUAUUUCAACGAUACCAUGCGAGAGAUAUAUUACCCGAACAAAAACUUGACCCUGGACGAAUGCAUGUUGUAUUCUCACCCGAACGUAAGAAGUAAAUCACGCAAAAGAGUUAAAUUUUACAUGCUCACCGAGCCCGAUGGUGUCGUACUUAGAACCCUAAUCGAUUGUGAUCGAGACCUUGAUGGUCACGCAGAGAGAAUUGUUAAAACGCUGCUCGCGGACUUUCUGCAAGUGGGACAUUCCUUGUUUUUGUACAAUUUUUAUACGAAUGUACCGUUAGUUAGGGAGCUGUUGCAGUACAAGACGUACUGUACGGGUAUUCUCAGACCGAACUGUAAGAGUCCUUCCGAUCUUGUGAAUAAGACGAUUGGAAGGGGCGAAGUGGACGCUCGCUACACCCCUGAAGGUGUGUGCGUCCUAAAGUGGCGUGACAAACGAGAUGCACUGAUGAUUUCAUCCGAGUACAAAGCGGACAUCGUGAAAGUACAAUCGAAAUCUGGUAAACAUGUACAAAAACCGGAGCUGGUAGAGAAAUACAAUAAGUACAUGAACGGAACUGAGCGAGCGGAUCAGUUCUUAGGGAAGCACACGAGGACGAAAAUGACGUUGCUGAAAUUUCGGGAAGCUGUCAUUGAUAAAUUAAUUUAUAAGAAUAGACCGCGUCUGGAUGUGAUACCCAAACCAGCGGGACAGAAUGUACAUUUACCGAGAAUGUCUGGGCACGAGGGAGGGAAGAAAAUACGGAAAAGCGCAUUGUGGGCGCUGAUGGUAGGUCAAUUUUGUUGGACCAACUUGGACCAAUCGUGUAAGACCACGAUCGCAAUGGCGGCGUGGCUGAACAAUUUUGCGUUAUCGGGUGGUUAA